UGCAUGAUUGUUGCCAAUGAUGCCACUGUCAAAGGAGGCACCUACUACCCGGUCACUGUGAAAAAACAUCUACGAGCACAAGAGAUCGCACUAGAAAACAGGCUUCCCUGCAUCUACUUAGUUGAUUCAGGAGGGGCAAACUUACCUCAACAAGCAGAUGUAUUUCCAGAUCGAAAUCACUUUGGCCGCAUAUUCUAUAAUCAGGCAAUUAUGUCUUCUAAAAAUAUUACGCAGGUUAAAGCAGCGACUGGAGAGGAGGUGUUGGCUGAGGAUCUUGGAGGUGCCGAUCUUCAUUGCAGAAAGUCUGGAGUAACUGACCACUAUGCUUUGGAUGACCAUCAUGCCCUUCACUUAACUAGGAAGGUUGUGAGGAGUCUAAAUUAUCAGAAGAAACUGGAUGUUACCAUUGAACCUUCUGAAGAUCCUUUAUUUCCUGCCGAUGAGUUGUAUGGAAUAGUUGGUGCUAACCUUAAGAGGAACUUUGAUGUCCGAGAGGUCAUUGCUAGAAUCGUGGAUGGAAGCAGAUUCAAUGAGUUCAAAGCUUUAUAUGGAGACACAUUAGUUACAGGAUUUGCUCGAAUAUUUGGAUACCCAAUAGGUAUCAUUGGAAACAAUGGAGUUCUCUUUUCUGAAUCUGCAAAAAAGGGUGCUCACUUUGUUCAGUUAUGCUGCCAAAGAAAUAUUCCUCUGCUGUUCCUUCAAAACAUUACUGGAUUUAUGGUUGGUAGAGACUAUGAAGCUGAAGGAAUUGCCAAGGACAGUGGCAAGAUGGUGGCUGCUGUAGCCUGUGCCAAAGUGCCUUAGAUAACCGUCAUCACUGGGGGAGCAUAUGGGGCAGGAAACUAUGGAAUGUAUGACGGAGCAUAUAGCCCAAGAUUUCUCUACCUAUUUCUCUACAUGUGGCCAAAUGCUCGGAUCUCAGUGAUGGGAGGAGAUCAGGCAGCCAAUGUAUUAGCCACAAUAGCAAAGGACCAAAAAACCCGGGAGGGAAAACAGUUUUCCAGUGCUGACGAGGCAGCUUUAAAAGAGCCCAUCAUUAAGAGGUUCGAAGAGGAAGGAAACCCUUACUAUUCCAGUGCAAGGCUGUGGGAUGAUGGGAUUAUUGAUCCAGCAGACACCAGACUGGUCCUGGGUCUCAGUCUUAGUGCAGCCCUCAACGCACCAAUCCAGAAGACUGAAUUUGGCGUCUUGAGGAUGUAACUGGAAUAUAAAACAUUUUCCAUUGGGCUUGUACCGAAAAUUAACACAUGUAGUAGCCUUAAGAUUUUAGACCUUUUGAGCAUGGGGCUAUUACCAUAAAAACUUUUUUCCUUAACACAGUGCAUUGUAAAAAAUCAAUGACGAUAUUUAUUUGAUGAACAUCAAUUCCUUUUAAAUUUUCUUACAGAAAUUUCUCUGCAGCUUAAGUUUUACCACCCAUAAAAUGAAGAGAAUAAUUUACAGUUAUUUUCUAACCCACAAUCAGUAUGAAAAGUUCUGUAAUCUAUAAAUUCCAGGUAUUAUUCAGAUUAUUAUAAAAAUUUGUAUUUUCACUAUAAUGAUUGUUUUGCUGAUUGUGCUUGAUGAUAUUUUAACAAACGUAUUUUAAAAAAGCAUCUAUUACUUUUCUCUUCAGCCGUCAUUCUGUCUCCUUCCCAUAAUAGUCAGUCUUCUCAUUGUCUGCACUCUAAGCUCUAUUUUCUAACCCAUUCCCUGCUCACCCAACCCCUUUCUGGCUUCCACUGCCAACAGCUCUCUCCAAACCAUUGAUCUCCCAUGUCGCUGAAACCAAUAGGUUCUUUUCUGGCCUCAUCUGAUUAAACUCUGUAGCAUUUUAAUCAGUUGAACACUUCCUCAUUGAAGGGCUGUCCUUAGCUUCCACAACUUAACACUCUAGGUUUCUGUCAGCCUCUUUGACCAUUCAUUUUUAGUGUGCUUUGUACACUCUAUCUCUACUGCUCCCCCCCUCCCUUAUUUUUCUUGGUUUUCAUUAGUAAUACAUGAAUACAU